AUGAUCCUCGAUAACGUCGACGACGUCGAGACCUUCUCGUCGCGAAAGGACGAGCAAGAUAAGCCGCCCGAAAGCCCGCCAGUAUCACUGGCAGCUUACCUCCCGCAAAGCCGGAACGGAUCGAUCCUGAUCACUUCUAGGAACAAGGAUGCAGCAGCCGGACUGGCAGGAGGCUACAAGAAUAUCAAGGAGGUACAGGCAAUGGACGAGAGCCAAGGCCGACAACUCCUCCGGAACAAACUACUGCAGGACGCGUUGACCGACGACGCAAUUGAUCUACUGCGUGCUCUCGACUGCAUCCCUCUUGCAAUCACCCAGGCCGCUGCAUACAUUAACCGGCGAGCUCGAAUGACGAUCCCUAAGUACCUCGACGAAUUUCGAAGAAAUAAUAAUAAGAGAGAAAAUCUCCUAAAUUAG